GAAGAGCGCCGGGAACGCCCAGGAUGAGUGACUCUGUAAAUGUUGGCUGAGAAUAAAUGGCCCUGGGUGCAACAGGUGCAAUGCUACGCUUUCCGGCCUUGCGAGAAGGCGGGUGGCACGCGGGGAUUGGAGCCGCAGUUCCUACUGCGGUGUCGCCGGGCUGACCACGAAGGAAACCGCUGUCUGUCUCCGCCGCCGGCUACCCACGAGAGCCAGUUCCCACAGGGAUACUUAAAUACCUACCUGUGUUUUGGACACCGUGUUCAUAAUGGAGUUUCCUGACUUGGGGAAGCACUGUUCAGAACCGACUUGCAAGCAGUUAGAUUUUCUGCCAAUAACAUGUGACGCGUGUAAACGAGAUUUCUGUAAAGACCAUUUUUCCUACGCGGGUCAUAAGUGUCCCCUUGCAUUCAAGAAGGAUGUGCAGGUGCCCGUGUGUCCCCUCUGUAAUGUCCCUAUCCCUGUGAAAAGAGGUGAGAUCCCAGAUGUGGUGGUUGGAGAGCACAUGGACAGAGACUGCACCUUUCACCCUGGGAAGAACCAAAAGAAGGUUUUCACACACCGAUGCUCGAAAGAGGGAUGCAGGAAGAAGGAGAUGCUGCAGCUGGCUUGUGCACAAUGCCAUAGCAACUUCUGCAUUCAGCACAGGCAUCCUCUGGACCACAACUGCCAAGCUGGGAGCAGCUCGGCCAGCAGGGGAAGGCCUUCAGCAUCCAGCGCUCCUGAGCAGAAGCCAUCGGGAAUCAGUUGGCUGGCCCAGCAACUCAGGCGGACGGUGAAGUGACAGCAUGAGCCACACACCAGCUCCUUUCUGUUGGGUUUUAACCCUGGCCUCCAGCACUUGCCUGAGUCUUUAUGGAAAAGUCUCCAUUGACUGUUCAAGUUAGGGCAGAGAGAUGACUCAAGGGGUAAAGCGCUUGCCUCACAAGCCUGAGGACUAGUUUAUUCCCAGAAUUCAUGUUUUAAAAAAGCCAGAUAUGGUUGGUGCUCACUUAUAAUCUUACCAAUGUAGAGUGGAGGCAGGCUAAUCCCUGGGGCUCUCUAACCAGCAGCCUGGCCUAAUUGGGGAGUUCCAGGCCAGAGUGACAUCACCUCAAAAAACAGGGUGGACAUUUCCUGAGGAGGGACAUUGGAGAUUCAUUGGACUUCACACACACAGUGCAUAAAUUAUUUAACAAAAGAAAUGAGGCUGUUCAGCAACUUUGAGGUGCGUUACGUUCCUGUAGCAAGCUGCUGAGUUCAGGAGCUGAGGACCUAUGUAAACAUCAUUAGUGGUGGCUUUGGCCUGUGCUAUACCAUUUCUGGAAAAUUCUGGCCUAUAACAGAAAAGAGCUGCUAAUGUCUCUGAAUUCUUCCCUACAUGGCUUUUGUAAUGCGGUGUCUGUGGGGCACAGUCCACUCAAGAACUCAAGUCAGUGUGGUACCCUUUCCUGUCCCAGGCUGGGGCUGCUGUGGAGGGAGAAUGUGCACUUGGUACAGUGGACUUAAGAAACCAGCUUAGCCGUGCCGUGACUCCUCAUGCCCGGCUUCAGUUUUCACUUCGAGACAGAGUCUCACCAUGAAGCUCCAGCUGUCCUGGAACUCACUCUGUAGACCAGGCUGGCCUUUAACUCACAGAGAUCCACCUGCCUCUGCCUCCCAAGUGUGGGUCCAGUUUUAACUCCCAAGAAGAGCAUCAUGAAAGGGAAGCCUUCUCUGGACUUUCUGGUGGCAGCAGGCAGGGGCCUUCUUCUUGGGCUCUUCUUUGAGGAGCAGAAACCCAGACAGGAGGAGCAGUGGAGAGGGUCUCCCACCAGCUGCCCAUUCCCACGUAGGGGAGAGCACGUCUGGAGUGCCCCAUGACAGAUACCAGCAUUAGGUUGAUCCGGAUGACCACUGGGUGUCAGGGAUGUCGUGGGACCAUCUCUCCCCCCCCCCCCCAAGCCGGUUUUGCUCUUAACCCUGAUUUCUGACACCUUUGGGGCAGUUGAACUCCUGAAUGACAUACCUCGCAGCAUUCUGCAGGGUUUUGUGGCCUCUGGCUUUAAUGGGGAGGCAGGACUGGGGCUCAGUCUGUUCUCCGAAGACUUGACUGUGAGUGUCCUAAGCCAGUGCCUCUCCAGGGUCCACGUCAGUACAGCUCUCGACUCUCAUUGCAUUGCUUCCUACUCCCAGUCUCUGACUAAUUCUGAGGGGACUUGGGGUUUGCCCUUAGAACAAGGUCUAGGCUGUGGUGCUGUGUGGAGACAUUGAGACAAAUCAUUUCUUUGCCUCCACUUCCCAGGGUGGUAGCCCCUAGCCUUCAUGGUGAUGGGCACUUGAGAUGUAGCCAGCAUAAUGGAGCUUUUAAUUGUGCUUCAGAUUUGAAAUAUCUGGGUUUAUAAUUCAGCACUGUUUAAGUAUGUUAGGGACUUGGGUGUGUGAACCUACCUCCUAACCAUUUAUGAAAUAAAAAUGCCUCAGCUGAAGUAACUCCAAAUUGGGGAUUAAAAGUCAUUGCUCCAGUGAUUUAAGAGUUGUCCCGCUCUUGCAGAGGACAGGAGUUCAGUUCCAAGCGUCGCUCACAACGACACGUAAACUUCAGCUCCUGGCAUUUGACGCCUCUGCCCUCUGUGGGCACUUGUACUCAAAGGCAUACACCCUUAAACACAUAAAGAAAAAUCAGAAGUAUGUUGGGAAAGGUUAGGGCCUAGCUUUGUGGGUGAACACUCGCCUAGCGUCCAUCAGUGUGGAGCUGAGGCCAUGAUUCCAUAGGAGAGCACCUGCCUAGCACCCCUCAAGUCUGGGGAAUGGUUUUUAGUAGAGCACCUGCCUGUUGUGUCUGAGGCAAAGGAAGCAAAACAAAAUCACCAGACUUUGAGGACUAUAUCAAAUGUAAGACAUUGUUUAUAUGUUAAAGUAUUUUAUGUUUAACGGUAAAUAAAAUAGUUUAUUUCA